CUAGCGCUGCACGGGCAGGGCGCCCUUCGCCUUGCUGGGGCGGGAGCGGCAGCCCCAGCCGCUGCCGGGGCGGGACGCGGCGCAGCUCGGAUUUCGCUGUCUAGCCCUGCAGAAUCUCCCGGGCGGGGCGGGGGGGGGGAACGCUUUCCGUGCUGGGAAUAAAGCGUCGCGGCAUUUCUGCACAGGAAUGUGGCCGUCUGGUGUCGGUAAUUAAUGAAUGAGGCGAGAAGCGGCCGUCCGGCGCGGUCGGUAUGUGUAGGGCUGCGCCGCCGGCCGCCUCGCUAGGCUGGCACACGCCGGGUGGCUCCGCCGCGCUCUAUAAAUAAAGACUGAAGCUCACAUUCGGGCUCGGCAUCCGAGGUCCCACACCGGAGGGAAAGCUAAAUGUGUUCGGAAGGAUGUCGCUGUCGCCCCGUCGGACGGGCGGGACGGAGACUGUCAGCGCCGCUCCAAGCCGGAGGGAGAGGAACGAAGGUGUUGAGGAGCUCGCAUCUUUCAGGAGCUCCGUUAUCUCUACGGGACCUUAAAUCAGAGCGUCUCUGGCUUUGUGCAUCGGUGGCAGCAGUCGGUAGGAAGCCCCAGGUUGCUGAGGGAUUCCUGUGCCAGCGCCGUCUCGGGUGCCAUAGGAAGCAGCGCAUGGAUGCUCCAGCGCUUGUUCCAGCAAUCACCAUGCUCCCCUAGUCCUGUCGCUGUCUUCUUGUCGUGCUGCCCUCCGAGGUGAAAAAACUACAUCGGAGGUGAAAAAACUACAUGGGAGUUUCGAUCUCACAGUCGCAUCCCUUCAAGAGCACGCUGUUCUCAGGAGGACAGACUUACUGUCCCGUUGGACAAGACCUUUGUUUCCUUUUGCCCAGAGCACAAUUUCCCUGCCCAGACAAUUUGUGCAGGGUUAGGGCAGGUCCCAGAACAUGAAGAAAGCCCUCCAUAAACCGGUCAAGCAGUGUCUCAACACCUUUUUCCUUCAGCAACAGGAGAAAACGAGACACUUGUAAUUAAGUAUAGACACAUUUGAAGUGCAGUGAGCAUAAGGUGCAGCUUCAGGAUUCAUUUCAGCAAAGCUCCAACGGCCCGGUGAAGAAGUCCAUGCGAGAGAAGGCUGUGGAGCGCAGGAACGUCAACAAGGAGCACAACAGCAACUUCAAAGCUGGAUACAUCCCCAUCGAUGAAGACCGUCUCCAUAAGACAGGCUUGCGUGGCAGGAAAGGCAACCUGGCCAUUUGUGUGAUCGUUCUCCUGUUUAUUUUGGCUGUCAUCAAUCUGAUUAUCACGCUGGUCAUCUGGGCGGUGAUCCGCAUCGGCCCCAACGGCUGCGACAGCAUGGAGUUCCACGAGAGCGGGCUGCUGCGCUUCAAGCAGGUCUCCGACAUGGGCGUCAUCCACCCGCUCUACAAGAGCACCGUGGGGGGCAGGCGCAACGAGGACUUGGUCAUCACCGGCAACAACCAGCCCAUUGUCUUUCAGCAAGGCACGACCAAGCUUAGUGUGGAGAAAGACAAAACGUCCAUCACCAGCGACGUGGGCAUGGAGUUCGUGGACCCCCGCACGCAGAGCACCUUGUUCAGCACAGACUACGAGACCCACGAGUUCCACCUGCCCAGCGGCGUCAAAAUCCUCAACGUGCAGAAGGCCUCCACUGAGAGGAUCACCAGCAAUGCCACCAGUGAUCUGAACAUAAAGGUGGAUGGCCGUGCUAUUGUCCGUGGAAACGAAGGGGUUUUCAUCACAGGCAAGACCAUCGAGUUUCGAAUGGGAGGGAACAUGGAGCUGAAAGCAGAGAACAGCAUCGUGCUGAACGGAACGGUGAUGGUCAGCCCCUCACGCCUGCCCAGCUCUUCCUACGGGGAGCAGUUCAGCAACGGCAACUGGCUGCGCUUCAAGCUCUGCAUGUGUGCCGACGGCACCCUGUUCAAGGUGCAGGUGACAGGGCACAACAUGGGCUGCCAGACUGCUGUCAACCCCUGCGGAGCCACGCACUGAAAGAGCAGCGCAGAGCACUCCCGGUGGAGCUCCUUUCUCCUUGUGUUUACAUAGAUUUGUAUCAAAGUAGUUGCAUGCCUUGGAGGAGUUGUGUGGUUUGUUUGCAGCUGUUUGUACUAACGUUUGUUACGUAGCAGGGUUGUGUUGUAACACAGGCUCUUACCCUUAGCAGCAUUGAGCUCCUGGUUCUCCUCGCUGCAGUGGUGGCACUGAUUGAGGAAGCUUUCAGCCUACAAGCACACUGAAGUACCUCUCAGACCUGGCAGCAGUAGAAUGUUAAAUAAUCUGGUCUUAGCAACACUCCUGACUGCCUUCAGUUGCCUUUAGAGAUUUCUAUCCUACAGCCCAAGACUUUUGAGGGCUACUGAAAACACAACUGCCCUCUGAAUUACUUCAAUGGGAGGCUUUGAGCGACCUGUUCUAGUGGGAGGUGUCCCUGCCUCUAGUGGAGGGUUGGAACUGGAUGAGCUUUGAGGUCUCUUCCAACCUAAACCAUUCUAUGAACAUUGAUUUGCUGUUGGAAGUGGAUAUGGACUCAUAGAAUCUACCAGAUUGAAAGAGACCUCCAAGAUCAUCUAGUCCAACCUAUGAGGGUUAUGCAUAGGAUGGCUAAGUGGCAGGGUUUUGCCUUCAUCUCUGGACAAAGGUUGGUCUGGGGGGACCUUAGAGCUGCCUUCCAAUACCUGCAGGAAUCCUGAGGGGAGGCUGCAGAGAGCCUUUUCAUCAGAGUAUCUAAAGAUAGGAUAAAGGGGAAUGGUUUGAAGCUGAGGCAGGGGAGGGUUAGAUUGGAUCUUAGGAAGAAGUCCUUCAGUAUGAGGUUGGUGAGACUCUGGAACGGACUGCGCAGGGGAGGUUGUAGAUGCCUCCCUGAGAAGGCCAAGUUGGAUGAGGCCUUGAGCAGCCAAAUCUAUUUAAGAGGUGACCCUGCCUGUGGUGGAGAGGUUGGAGUAGAUGAUCUCUGAGUUCCCUUCCAACCUAAGCUAUUCCAUGAUCCUAUGCUAAUGAUCUCCCCUAAAAUGCUGUGGCUCACCACGUGUGUACUGAGGCAGGGUAAUGGGAUUCCCUUUAAAGUCCUGCAUCAUUUCUGUCAUAUAUUCACAGGCACUUAAAAAUAACACUGCAGUGGCAUAAGUAAUAACUGUAAAGUCAUAUGGAGUGUGGAAAUGCAGCUUCAGUUUGGAAACAGUGCUGUGACUACUGAAGUGUGGCUUGAGCUCCCCAUCUGGGUAGUUCAGGCAUUCUACAGUUGCUUAGCUUAGGUGAGGUGUCUAUAAAAUGUGUUUAUAUGAGAAGUACACUUUAAAAGAUGCACUUACAACUUGCACACUAUCCCCAAAUCCCUUUUCCUGGCUGCAUUUAUGAGAAGAGUGAAGACUGUACUAAAACCAGAGCAGCUCCUCCUCCUCCUCCUUUCCUUGCUCCAUGUAUUCCUUCAUUUCAGGUUUGCUUUUUCACUAGCACUGAGUUACCUUAACAAUGGAUGCCACAAAGGUGACUUUGCAGGUAGCUUUUUGACAAGUGUUUCUAGAUAAGCACAGGCUUCAGUUGCUGAAAGCUGUGCAGAUGUUGCACAUUACCUUCAGAACUGGCUAUUUGUUACCUGCAGAUAAGCUGUCUGCCCUGGUUUAUAGCUCUCAAGGUACACAGGCUAACACAAAACACAGAUCAACCUCUGCUGCAGCAAGAACUUCCUAUUUAAGGUCCAAAUUCCUGUUAUUACCUGCAAGUUAGUAACUCCUGCUGCAGGAUGUGGAUGGGUGGAAGUGAUUUCCAGAGGGGAAUCCUUAGGUCAGGUGUUCUACCACAUGGGAGGUCAGAGGGGUCAUAUCUCACUGCUCAGAGACAGGAAGGACAUGGACCUGAUGGAGCAGAUUCAGAGGGUCAGAAAAAUGAUCACAGGGUAGGAGGAGCUCUGCUGUAAGGACAGGCUGAGGGAGCUGGGGGUGUGCAGCCUGGAGAAGAGUAGGCUCCAGGGAAACCUUAGAGAAACCUUUCAGUACCUGAAGGGGGCUACAAGAAGGCUGCAGAGAGACUGUUUGCAAAGGCCUGCAGGGACAGGACAAGGGCAAUAGCUUCAAACUGCAACAGAGCAGAUGUAGACUGGAUGUUAGGAACGAGUUCUGCACCGUGAGGGUGGUGGAACACUGCAACAGGUUGCCCAGGGAGGUGGUUGUGGCCUCACCCCUGGAGAUACUCAGGGUGAGGCUGGACAGGGCUGUGGGCAAUCUGAUCUAGCUGAGGAUGCCCCUGCUGACUGCAGAGGGGCUUGGACUGGAUGAGCUUUGGAGGUCCCUUCCAAACCAUUCUAUGAUUCUGAUGCUCAGCAGUUACUGGAGUUGUGGGGACUGAAGAGCAGCAAAAUUCUUCUAACAAAACCAGAGUGGAGAGAGCAAAAAUGUAGCAAAGAUCACCCCAAGCACUGAAUUGUUCACAUUAAAGAUGAUGAGCAAGUGGCAGCAUCUUGCAUGAGCUUCACUGUUCCACUCAUUCUGAAGUUGUUAAUAAAUUGUAACUCAUGAUGCUGA